CAACACUAGCGCACCGCCGCGCCGCGCCGUCAAACAGUCAAAGCGAUCGAUGGCGUCGCUUUGCGUUUGUUUCGUAAAAAUAAAUAGUUGUAAUGCGUGUUUGCCUACACAAGUUAGUUAGUUUUUAGUAAUUAUUAUGAGCAACCUAUUUCCUGUGAAAAUAAGUUAGUAAAACUUAAAUAUGGAUCCAAAAACUACGGAUUGGAGAGCCGGUCCGAAUGUUUGUCGUUGUUGUUUGGCGGAAGGGUGCUAUAAAGAUAUUUCUACGGAAUAUUUUUGGAUGGGAAAGCGUGAAGUAUACGCUGAAAUGCUUUCCGAGACCCUUAAUCUAAGCAUUGCCUACUCAAAUACUGGAGGCCCGAAUAGUAAUAGCCGUCUUAUAUGUGAACUCUGCAUAUCAAGGUUACGGGAUGCCUCUGACUUCAAGCGGCAGGUUCAAGAGUGUGAGAGGACAUUCCUGCAACAUUUGAAUCCAUGCAGCUCUUCGAUGGUCGGCGAUGUUGAAGUGACUGUGGAACCGACGGAAACGGAAUCUGACGUGAAAUUGGAACGCGUGAAACAGGAGAAGCAGAUAAGCGAUGAUGAUGAUGACUUCGACGAGCGAUGCGGGUUCGACGAAGAUGAUGAUGAUGAUGAUCUUGACGAUCAACCCCUAACAAGAUUGGCAAGCAGGAUACCUAAAAAGGAAUCGGUAGACCUCUUAGACCUACUCGAUAAUACAAAAGCGACUGAAAAACGGAAAUCGUCAACGAAAACAAAGGCAGUGCCCGCGAAAAAGGCUAAAAGUAUGAAGAAAGAUGUCAAAGCUACAUCUAGUAAGCAACCAGCGAAGACUGAGAAGAAGAAAAAAGAGAAACAAAAUGACCCGAAUUUCAUCGCUAAACGGAACGCCGAGGUUAUUGUGAAAUAUUCAACCGUAUACCCGUUCAAGCUGCCCGAAGAGAACAUGGUUUGUGUUUACUGUUGCGAAAGCUUCCCCCAACCGGCCGAAUUUAGGGCCCACAUGGACGAGGAACAUGAGACAUUUAACCCCAAAAUGGCCUUCCUUCACUGCUCCGAAGGGUACAUCAAAGUUGACUGCACAAACAUUAACUGCAGGCUUUGUUUCAAAAACUUUCAAAAUCUAGACGAAAUUGCCGACCAUCUGUACUCUGAACACAAGAAACCACUGGAUUUGAGCGUCGCCUUAGGAUUACAACCAUUCCAUUUGGAGAAUAACAAACUUUUCUGCGCUAUUUGUCGCGCUAAGGCCUUGUGUUUGCGGCAACUUUCUAGACACACACAGAGCCAUUUUUGGAGGUAUACCUGUGAGGCUUGUGGCAAAUCUUACGCAACAAAUACGGCUUUACGCAGUCACAUAAGGUUCUCGCAUAUAGGGAACGAGAAAAUUUGCCGUAAAUGCAAAGGGACUUUCAGUUCUGUGGAAGAGAAAAGAAAGCAUAUGUUGGAGUCCCAAAGGUGUUGGUCUCAUCUCUGCUGCGUUUGUGGUGAACGAUUCAUAUCCUGGCAUGCUAAACAGCUACAUCUAUCAGAAUGCCACGGCGUCGAAAAGAAAGUGUACGUUUGUCCGGAAUGUGGAGGCGUUUUUCACGAACGAAAGAAAUACAGGACUCAUUUCAGACUUUCACACACUGACGAUAAUUACGUCUGCUCCUGCUGUGGCAUGAAAUUUGUGACGAAAAAGACGUUAGAAGAACAUAGAGUGUCCCAUACAAUGGAGAAACUCUUUCCCUGUACAGUUUGUUCCAAAUCAUUCCCUAGGAAAAAGAAUUUAGUUCAACAUAUGUGGAUUCAUAUGGAGAACAAACGGUUUGAAUGUAAAAUGUGCAAUAAGAAAUUCAAUCAGAAAGUUAGCUGGAAAACUCAUAUGAAGUCCUAUCAUCCUGAAUUAGUCGAGUUUGAAGGGAAAAAUAAUAAUAUAAAGCUCAUGUUUUCCGUUUUGAACGAAUAGUUUUUGAUAGGUAAAUGUAUUAAUCGUUAAACGAGUGUAGUUAUAUUUUUGUCUAGAGUCUAGAGGCUAGUCUUGAAAUCUACGGCCAGUGUGUUAUGAUUUUUACUUCAUGUUAUAAUACCUACAUCACUGUAUUUACUGAUGGUUGGAUACGUCUUCCAACAUUAAGAAAAUAAUCUAGAAUUCAUGUUAUGAAAUUAUUAGUAUGUUACUCGUCACAUUGUUUAAUCCAUUAUUCGUUUAAGAGUACCGUAUAAUCUGAUCAAAUGGGUGUUCUUCUAGGAUGUAUUUUAGGACCAACGCAAUAACUUUCUUAAGUAUAUUCUUUAUUUAAUCUAUUAAAAUCACUUCGUAUUUUUCUAAUAAUCCGCAUCACCGCUAUGGACAUAUCACAAGUACAGAAUAAGUGAUCGGACGUUUCUUUUUGUUCUAGAACUAAAUCCGAUGUUCGUCGCGCGACAGAACGCCAAAAUGAUGAUAGAAUAUACAACAGCUUACCCCUUCAAGCUGCCAGAAUCGUCAAUGGUGUGCGUAUAUUGCUGCGAUAGUUUCCAAGACCCGGCAAAGUUUAGGGAUCACAUGACAAUAGAACAUCAGGAUUUCAAUGUACGAAUGGCGUUCGCACACAUCGCUGAAGGAUCCGUUAAAGUCGACUGCACAGAUUUAAAAUGUAGGAUAUGCUUAGAAACUUUGGCUAACUUAGAACUGGCAGCUGAUCACUUGUUGAAUGUUCAUAAUAAGAAUGUUAAUCCCAAACACGAUUUGGGGUUACAUCCCUUUAAUAUAUACUACGGGAAAUACGCGUGCGCGAUUUGCUCGGAGAAAUUUUCCACUUUGGCUCUACUCAGUAAACAUACGCACUCACAUUUUGUCCAGUAUACCUGCGAUGCUUGCGGUAAAUCUUACGCGUCACUAACAUCGUUACAAUGCCAUUUGAGAUACAACUGUGGUAGUGGAGCCAGCAAGAACAGAUGUAGAAAAUGCAGAAAAAUGUUCACUUCAGUCUCGGAAAGGACGAAACAUCUAGAGAAAUCUGUCAGAUGUCGACAACAUGUUUGCAAUGUUUGUGGAGACAGAUUUCUUACGUGGAACAUGAAGCAGACCCAUUUAAAAGAGUCCCAUAAUGUCCCAGAGAAGUCCUACAACUGUCCCGAAUGCCAUAUAGUCUUUACGAAACGUGAUAAACUACGCAUGCAUUUUAAAACUACGCACACAAAUGACUACGUAGAAUGUUCGUACUGCGAAAAGAAAUUCGACAAUGAUAGGAAUUUGAAAAAGCAUAUCGUUGUGCACACAGGGGAAAGGAACUUCAUCUGUCCUGUCUGUUCUAAGGCUUUCCCGAGGAAGUCUACGUUAGGACAGCAUAUGUGGAUACAUAGUGCGGUUAAAAAACACGAGUGUAAAAUGUGUGAUAAGACUUUUAAUCAAAGAGUGAGCUGGAGGACUCAUAUGAAGUCGAGACAUCCCGAACUUUGCGUGUUUUAGGCGAUAGACGGCAAAUAUCUUAAAGUACUACUAACAUAGAUGUGAUUUUUCUACGAUUUCAUUUUUUUGCACUAGUUUUUAAUAAAUAAAUAGCCAAAUAGAAUACAGUAAAUGGGAUUACGUAAUAGUCAAGUUGAUUAGUAAUUAAAACAGAAAAGUGACCAAAAUGUCUUUUUUGUUCUAGAACAAAAUCCGCUGCACAUUGCAAAAAGGAACGCCCAGAUCUUAAUACAAUAUACCACAGCGUAUCCGUUUAGACUACCGGAAAGUUCCAUCGUUUGCGUUUACUGCUGUGAAAGUUUUGACGACGCUCCUCGAUUCAGGAAACAUAUGGAUGAUGAACAUGAGGUCAACGUAAAAAUAGCGUUCUCACAUCUCCACGAAGGCUAUAUCAAAGUCGAUUGCACAAAUCUUCGCUGCAGAAUUUGUCUACAAACCUUUGACAAAAUCGGAGAAGCAGCUAUUCAUUUAAACGUUGCUCAUAAUGAGAAUAUUGAUCUUAACCAAGAUGUUGGCGUCCAACCUUUUGAUCUACAAAACGAUAAAUUAUCUUGCGCCGUCUGUAACGCCAAAGCUUCGAACAUACGUAGCUUGAGUCGUCAUAUCCAAAAACAUUUCUUUCAAUGCACAUGCGAACUUUGUGGCAAAUCUUUCGCGACCUCGACAUCUUUGCAGAAACAUCUAGAAUUUUCUUGUCCUCACGUAGCGAAGCAGCGUAAAUGUAGGAAGUGUAAGGUAGUCCUGUAUUCGACGGAGGAUCAAAAGAGACAUUACGAAAAUUCGAGACAGUGUAGGCAGCAUCUGUGUUCGGUCUGCGGUGAUAGGUUUAGCACGUGGAAAAUAAAGCAGAACCACAUGGAACAGGCUCACGGUAUACCGAAGAAAGUCUAUCAUUGUCCAGAAUGCGGGGUUGUGUUCAAAAAGCCCAAUGUUUUUAGAGCUCAUUUUAAAAUUGCUCAUACAGAUGAACAUUUUGAGUGUCCCAGCUGUGAUAGAAAGUUUGACACUAAAUAUGUUCUAGACAGACAUAUGGUAGUUCAUUCUAAUGAGAGAUUAUUUUCUUGUGAUAUCUGCUCGAAAACGUUUCCGAGGAAGUCGACGCUUCGACAGCAUAUGUGGAUUCAUAGCGCCGUGAAAAGGUUCGAAUGUAAGAUGUGUGAUAAGCAGUUUAAUCAAAAAGUUAGUUGGAAGACUCAUAUGAAGUCUUAUCAUCCGGAUUUGGGAGGUUACAGUUAGUUCUAGAAUGUUCCACGAUACCAAAAGUCGCCAUUUGAUCAUUAUCAUAUCUCGCUUGGGGGUUUGCGA